GAGAGGCAAUGAGGAAGGCGAGUCCUCCCAGCUCCCUGGGAUGGUCCUGAGAUGGCUUUCUGAAUUUCCUUUUGCUGCAGAAAACAAGAGAGGAGAGCAGGAUCCAGCCUGGGAAAGGUAUUGGGCGGUGGGUGGAGGGAUUUGCAAGAUCGAGGUUUAAUAAGAUCUCCCAUCACCACUUUCCUCCGUCUCUCCGGUUGCAAAAGCUGCCUGGUGACCUCAGGAGGGUCGAACUCUGCUCCUCUUUUGGGAGGGAAGACCUUUUGCAAACGUUAAUUUCGUUCCCUCUUUUUCUGUGUGUGAAUAGCGUAAAUCCUUGCUAAAGUUGCUUGUCUGGAGAGGCCUCCUUCUGAUAUAGAAACGCACAACGCACAUAGCAAAAUCACUGGGGUGUGAUGGAAGGUGGUGGUCUCUCUCCAAGAGAAGCUGCCUUAUACAGGGCAUAGAAUCAUAGAACUGUACAGCUGGAAGGGGUCCCUAGGGGUCAUCUAGUCCAACCCCCUGCGAUGCAGGAAUCUCAGUGAAAGCAUCCAUGACAGAUGGCCCUCCAACCUCUGCUUAAAAUUCUCCCAAGGAAGGAGAGUCCACAACCUCCCUUUGGAGUCUGUUCCACUGUCGAACAGCUGUUAGAGUCAGAAUUUUUUUCCUGAUGUUUAGUCGGAAUCUUCUUUCUUGCGACUUGAAGCCAUUGGUUCGGUACCUACCGUCCACAGAAGGAGAAAACAAGCUUGCUCCAUCUUCCAUGGGACAGCCCUUGAGAUAUUUGAUGAUGGCUGUCCUAUCUCCUCUCAGUCUCCUCUUUUCCAGGCUAAACAUAUCCAGCUCCUUCAACCAUUCCUCAUAAGGCUGAGUUUCCAGACCCUUGAUCAUCUUGGUCGCCCUCCUCUGCACACCUUCCAGCUUGUCAAUGUCCUUCGUAAAUUGUGGUGCCCAGAACUGGACACAGUAUUCCAGGUGUGGUCUGACCAAGGCAGAAUAGAGCAUAGCUGUCAAUGUUUCCCUUUUUUUAAGGGAAACUCCCUUAUUCCAAAUAGGAUUCCUCGCAAGAAAAGGGAAAAGUUGACAGCUAUGGAAUAGAGUGAGACUAAGACUUUCCUUGACCUGGACACUAGACUUCUGUUAAUGCAGCUUAGAAUAACAUGGGCAUUUUUUUUGCUGCUGCAUCACAUGUUAGGCUUUGGUCCAUCAAGACCCCUAGAUCCUUUUCACAUGUACUGCUAGUAAGCCAGGUGUCCCCUCAUCCUAUACAGUGGUACCUCUGGUUGCGAACGGGAUCUGUUACGGAGGCCCGUUCACAACAUGAGCAGAAAGCAACCCGCGUCUGCACAUGCGCGGGUCGCAAUUCGCGGCUUCUGCGCAUGACGUCAUUUUGCACGUCUGCGCAUGCGCGAGUGGCGAAACCCAGAAGUAACCCUUUCCGGUACUUCCGGGUCACCGCAGAACGCAACCUGCAAACGCUCAGCCUGAAGCAAAGGUAACAUGAGGUAUGACUGUAUUUGUGCAUCUAGUUCUUCCUGCCUAAGUGGACAACCUUACAUUUGUCCUUAUUGAAAUUCAUUUUCUUAGCUCGGGCCCAGUUCUCCAAUCUGUUAAGCUCAUUGUGAAUUCUGAUUCUGUCUUCUGCGGCAUUAGCUACCCCUCCAAGUUUGUUGUCAGUCCUUUAUUUGUGCUCAUUUUCUCUCAUGACCUUUCCCCCUCUUUUUCCUCAGCCGAUCACCGGAAUUUAUUCUGGAAUUUUCCUCUCGGUUUUUGUUCGCUCCUCCGUGAACCCUCUCAAAUAUGAAAAGGGGGGAACAGACCCCCACAGGACCAACAUCAGGAGAGGCGGGAUCUCCAGGAGCGGCGAAAGCCCCUCACGUCCUCCAAGCUGGGAACAUCCGAGAAUUCCUGAGACGGAUGCCGGGGGAUCAGAUCAAGCAAGAGCCAAGCGAGAGCUCCCUUGAGCUCUGGGAAGUCCAGUGGCAGGAGUUCCUGAAGACGGUGGAGUCUCCUCAUCCGGAAUGGGGCAUCCCAGCCUUUCCAGAGAAGUCCUCGCCAUGGGACGACGCCAAGGCCUUCCUGGCCUCCUUUGAGCAGGUGGCCCAAGCCUGCCGGUGGCCCCGGGAGGAGUGGGUGGCCCGACUCUUGCCGGCCCUCAGCGGGGAAGCCGAGCGGGCCUUCCGCAGGCUCCAGGCCCGAGACAGAGAGGAUUAUGGGAAAGUGAAGGCGGCCAUCUUGCGAGGGGACACCAUGAGCCGGGAGAAGAUCCGCCAGCAUUUCCGGCGCUUCUGCUACCAGGAGGCCGAGGGGCCGAGAGGGGCCUACGUCCGGCUGCAGGAACUCUGCUGCCAGUGGCUGAAAUUUGAAAGGCACUCCAAGGAGCAGAUCCUGGAGCUGCUGAUCCUGGAGCAGCUCUUGACCAUCCUCCCAGCCCACAUCCAGAGUUGGGUCAGGGAGUGUGGGCCAGAGACCUGCUCCCAGGCGGUGGCCCUGGCCGAGGACUUCCUGUUGAAGCAGGAAGUGGCCCAGAGCCAAGAAAGCCAGGUGAGGCCAUAUGGCCACCUUUUCCUUCUUUUCUUAAAAUAAUCAACUUUACUAAGGUUUAUUAGGGUUAAACCACUGAGCCUCUUGGGCUUGCCGAUCAGAAGGUUGGCGGUUUGGAUCCCCGCAACGGGGUGAGCUCCCGUUGCUUGGUCCCAGCUCCUGCCAACCUAGCAGCUCGAAAGCACGUCAGAGUGCAAGUAGAUAAAUAGGUACUGCUCUGGUGGGAAGGUUUCCGUGCGCUCCUCUGGUUCGCCAGAAGCGGCUUAGUCAUGGUGGCCACAUGACCCGGAAGCUGUACGCCGGCUCCCUCGGCCAGUAAUGCGAGAUGAGCGCUGCAACCCCAGAGUUGUCCGCGAGUGGAUCUAAUGGUCAGGGGUCCCUUUACCCUUUAGCUUUGUAUAGAGAAAUAAAAGCUUAUUAUGAAAUACAUUUUUUAAAUCCAAACUAAAGCGUUUAAAUAAGAUAAAAGCGUUUAAAUAAGAUAAAGCGUUAUCUAAAUAAGAUAAAAACAUAGAGAGAAGAGGGGGUGGGAAAGAGGGAGAAAGGUAAAGAGAAAGAGACAGAAAAGGUAUUAAAAGAGAGAAAGAAAAAUAAAGUUCAAAGAAUCAACUGUACAGUUGGAAGGGACCCUGAGAAUCCUCUAGUCCAGCCCUCCUGGAAUGCAGGAAUAUGCAGUUCUCCCAUAUGGGGAAUCGUUUUUUUAAAAAUCAGUUUACUAAUAAAAAAUACAGAUAAACAAAAAGAAAAAACAACAACAUAUCUAUAUAAAGAGAUUCUCCGAAUCUUGGGAUUUCCUCCCAUCCCCUUCAUGGGGUCUCAUUUUAAACAUCUACAACUGCGUAUUAAUCCAUACUCCAAUCAUACCAUAUUAUCCAAAGUAAUUUUUACACUACAAGUGGACUCAGAAUCCUGCUCUUGUUUCCAUCUGCUUACAAUGGUCUCCUAAGCAGCUUAUAAAUUUUUCCCAUUCUUUUGUAAAGUUUUUAUCCUCUUGGUUUCUGUGUUUUCCAGUUUUGCCAUCUCAGCAUAGUCCAUCAGCUUAGUUUGCCAUUCCUCUCUUGUAGGGACUUUGUCUUCUUUCCGUCUCUGGGCUAGUAACAUUCGGGCGGCUGUUAUUCCAUACAUAAAGAGGCCUUUCUGCUCCUUUGGUAUGUCGGUACCUGCAAUUCCUAAUAAAAAAGCUUCUGGUUCCUUAACAAAAGUUAUUUUAAGCAUUUUGUUCAUUUCAUUAUAUAUCAUCUCCCAGAAUGCUUUUACUACUUUACACGUCCAUCACAUAUGAUAAAAGUUACCUUCUUUUUUACAUUUCCAGCAGAUAUUUGAACUUGUCCUAUACAUUUUUGCUAACUUAGUAGGAGUCAAAUACCACUGGUACCUCAUUCUCAUAAAAUUUUCUUUCAGUGUACAACAUGCCCGUAUGGGGAAUCAAAUCUGCAACCUUGGAAUUAUCAGUACUUUGCUCUAACCAACUGAGCUAUCCAGAAACCAAAGAACUUCCAAUUCUUCAUCUGUCUGCUGUAUAUAAGCAAUAUUCACUUCAUCCACUCCUAUAUAACACCUAACAACACAAGUUUCUAUAAACAAACAUUAUCUUCAGUCCUCAAAUCCAAAUGUCAUUAAUUCAUUUUCACACAAAAGGUCUAUGAGGGGUUUCCAAUUUUAACAGCUAGGAUCUCUGUCCAUCUUUUUUGCCUCCCAACCUCCAGUUCCCUCCAGAUACUUUUGAGCUCUAACUCCCAUGGCCAAUGCUCAGGGAACAAUGGGAAUUGCAGUCCAAGAACAACAGGAUGAGGACUGCAGGUCCCCCACCAUCCCUAAGUUAUAUGGAUUUAUCUCGGAUAUGAAUUUGCUGAUGAGAAUUGAGGGACUUGCUCAGACCAAAAUCUUCUUCAGAGCAGAUCUCAGUUCCGCCUUGACCGGAUUCCUCUCUGCUCUUUCAGGUGACAUUUGAAGAGGUGGCUGGGAGUUCCUCCGAAGAAGGCCGGGGUCCGUCCCUGAACAAGCAGAGGCUUCUCUGCAUCGACACCAAGCAGGAAGAUGACGACGGAGAAGCUGGCCUGCUGGGUAUGGGCAGAAAGCCUUUUGUGCACGACUUUCUCUUAUUUGUUUAAUUUUGUUUUUAUUCGUUGUAGUAUCCGUCUCUUCAGCCCCAGCAGGCACUGCAACCUUACAACAGUUUGACUUCAACCCCAAAGGCCCACUCCUCCAUUGAUUCCCAGAUGCCAAAACCAAAAUUAUUACAAUUAUUAUUAUUAUUAUUAUUAUUAUUAUUAUCAGUGUAAGCAUAUUAGUGGCUAGAGAGUCAGACUGACUGGCCUGUAAUGAAAGGGAUCACCUUGUUAAAUAUACAGUCAUACCUUGGAAGUCGAACGGAAUCCAUUCCGGAAGUCCGUUCGACUUCCAAAAUGUUCGGAAACCAAAGUGUGGCUUCUGAUUAGCUGCAGGAAGCUCCUGCAGCCAAUCAGAAGCCGCGCCAGGCAUUUGGCUUCUGAAAACCAUUCGAAAACUGGAACACUCACUUCCAGUUUCCGAUUGUCCGGGAGCCAAAACAUACGAGUUCCAAGGCGUUCGGCUACCAAGAUACGACUGUAUAAAGUUGCACCCCAGGUCUUUCAAAAGAGUGUGCUUUUUUCCCCUGUAUCAAAUAACCACGGUCCCCCUCUGUUUCCAAGUAUCGUUUCUCUCAAAGCUCUGGGUGUAUUUAGGCUUCUCUCCUCCUUCCUCCAGCAGCCAAAGGUUGGGUCGCCAUCUGCAACGGGGAAGACUCUGAGGCGGAAUGUCCACAUGGGACAUCGGUGUGGAAAACAGAGGAGAGCUUUUCCGAGUGUUGCGCACAAGAAAAUGCCUCAGGGCGCCAGGGAAGAGCAGAGGGCCGUCAGGAAACGCUGAUGGCAGAGGAAGUCGGUGGAUUGGGUUGCCUGACCCCCACGGAAACCCCGGCUGCAGUCCCAGUAGGAAUCAACACCAACCAGAAACGGACCGCCUGUGGUUCUUACAGCCGGAAUGCCAUCCUCCCGACGAGAACUCGGAUGGGGGUGAAGCCGGUAAAAUGCCAAGUCUGCGGGAAGUAUUUCCUCUGCAGCGCAAAACUCCUCAUCCAUCAAAGGACCCAUGCCGGGGAGAAACCCUACAAGCGCCUGUAUUUCGGUGGCGCCCAGCACAUGGGCUCCCCCGGCACCGGCCAACCCCCCGUCCUCCACAAGAUGGUUCCCUCCCGCAUCCGUGGCCAGCGGUGGGAAGGGAAGGAAGUUGUGGCCUUGCUGAGCAGCAUCAAAGCGAGUCCCGCCCUGGCCCUCCUGAUGAGUAGCAGCUCCCAGAGGGGGCACCAACACUGGGAGAGGAUAAGGGACCAGCUCCAGGCUCAGGGCUUCGUCAGGAACAUCGACCAGCUCCGAUCGAAGUGGAAACAGCUGAAGACAGACUUUUUUGCAGCCGGGCGGCCUGCCGCGGAAGGGAGGGAGAAGCCUGCGGUCAUCCCCCCGUAUUUCAACCGGAUGCGGGCCGUGUGGGACGCGGCGGGACGCCCCCCCUUCAAGGACCGUCACCUGCCGGGUAAGUGGCAGCUUGAUGUCAGGGGAGGGUGCCAGCAGCAGGCGUCAGUGACGUUAACUCGUCAUUCAAAGAAACAAUCAGGUCCAGAGGCCAGGGCUAGUGAGCACAGCAACACAGAUCCCGGUAGAUCUUGCCCCAGUGAGGCAGUUGUGAGAGCCAAAGGUCUCCACCUCCUCUCCCAAGCAGUCUGAGACUUUGUUGCCUUGUCUGUCUCUGCUCUGCCCUCUUCAUACCUCUCCUGGUUCUGGGAGACCAGCUGGGAGGGGAAUAAUAAUAUAAUAAUAAUUUAUUAUUUAUACCCAGCCACUCUGGGCGGCUUCCAAUAGAGUAUUAAAAGCACGCUAAAACAUCAGACAUUAAAAACUUCCCUAAACAGGCCUGCCUUCCGAAGUCUUCUAAAAGUCAGUGAGUUGUUUAUUUCCUUGAUAUUUAAAAAUAAAUAUUUAAAAAUAAAAACAAAGAUUAAAAAUACAUUAAAAUGUCACACAUGAAAAACUUCCCUGAACAGGGCUGCCUUCAGAUGUCUUCUAAAUGUCAGGUACUUGUUUAUCUCUUUGACAUCUGAUGGGAGGGCGUUCCACAGGGUGGGCGCCACUACUGAGAAGGCCCUCUGCCUGGUUCCCUGUACCUUCACUUCUCGCAGGGAGGGAACCGCCAGAAGGCCCUCAGCACUGGACCUCAGAGUCCGGGCAGAAUGAUGGGGGUGGAGACGCUCCUUCAGGUAUACUGGGCCGAGGCUGAGUUUGCCCAUUUGCUGGGUAAUGUUGAGCAUCGAUUCCACCAGUACGUUAAUAGUGACUGAGCAUGCCCAGUGGGCACAGAAUGUUCAGUGUCCGUUGGCAAAGAGGCGGAAUGGAGUACUGAAGGAGGGCGUGGCUGGCUGAACACCACAACCAGAGCACUCCAUUCCGGUGGUAACGUUUUCUCGUGGUUCCCCGCUUGGCUCUUCAUAAUGGGGGUCGUGGCAGGGGCCCAGCCCUGUGUAUCCCAGUGUGGUGACCGUGAGAGGUCAUGGUCCACAGUGAAACGGCCUUUUCCCUCUGUCCCCUUUCAGCUUCUUACCGAGCCCGGAGGCGUGAGCUGGAGAGAUGUGAGGAAGAUGAUGAGGACGACAUGGAGGUACAAGGCCCCUCCUGCUAACAGACGAGGGGGACACCCGGAAUCGAGGAAAAACAAGCCUUCUGUGAGGUCCUAUGAACCAGUAGCCAAGCACCACAACCAGGAGGGGCACCGCUGGGAACUUGAGUGGCCCAUGUAAGAAUAAUGGAACAGCGUUCACUCGCAUUUGUCUAGUCUGUUUUUAGCACUUAAUGUUCCUUGGCUGGUAAGGCUGACAACAACCCUGAGGGGUAGGCCAGUAAUUAUUGUUAUUCAUGUAAUUUGGACCUUUUUUUAUUCCUUAAUGAGCUUAAUAUUACAUAGUAGACAUCAACCCUGAGAGGCCAGUAAGAUGUAACACAUUUUUAUAUUUUAUAUUUUAUUAUUUUAACCAAGGUUGUCAGCUUGACAACAUCCAUGUGAGGCAGGACAGUAAUUCGGAUCUCUAAUUUAGAGCUUUAAAAAACUACCUAAUAGGCCUAAUGAUAUUUAACUAGUCAUUCUGACAACAGUCAUGAGAGAUAAGCCAAUAAGUAUUGUUACUUUUUGCAGGGAACUUUGGGAAUUGUAGCUCUGUGAGGGGAGUAGGGGUCUCUCCUUACGACUCUCAGUACCUGUAAGGAAACUGCAGUUCCCAGAAUCCGUUGGGGGAAGCUGUGACUGUUUAAAGUGGUACCAUAGUGUGUGGUUGUGAACAUUACCUGCUAAAGUCUUGCAGAACGGAUUUUAUCUUAACCCUCUUCCUUCCUGUCAUCUUGGUUAUUUAUUUCUCUUUCCCUCGCCUCAACAGUUGACCGGUUGGUGGUCUUUGAAAUCGGGGGUCUCAAGAGGCAAGUGACUUCGUCUCCUGAGAAGGUGGGGAGAGACCAACAAAGUGCCCCCUCCUUCUGUGUCUCAUGAAACAGACUACAGCCACCUCCGUCCCCAGCAGAGACCAUCGCUGAGAAGGAAGAUGACCCCUUCCUGCUCUCUCCCACCCCAGGCUCUCUCCUCAAAUGGCUUAUUCCAAGGCACUGACCCUCUUGCUUUUCCCAUUUGACUAUCAAUUCGACAUUACAUUAACGAGGGGAGGGGGGAGAAUUAAAAGUUGGUGGUUUUGAAUAAGC